AUGCAGACCCUGGCGCCCAUCCAUCUUCUCCCGAGACGUGACGCUCCCCUCGAUCACUGGCGAGGCGGAUAUUGGGGAAUGAAUAAUCCAGCCGCCUAUACUCCUCUCGAGUCCCUGUUUCUAUUUCAAGCCCUCGCCCGCUAUGGUGUCGAGGCCGCCGCCUUCGCCAAGGUCUCUGAUGAGCUCAUCAAGAACUCCUUAAUCAAGGAAGGCAAGACCUACGAUGCUGCCCGACUAAGCCCCGAAGCACUCCGCCAAUUGUUCCUACACAUCUGGACCGAGGAGCUGAGAAGCGACACUGCGACUUCCGAUAAGCCCGAUGGCUCCUCGUCCCCCACCUCGAAGAAGCGCAAGCUCAGUCGUGCGCCGUUGCCCACCCUUAAGGAGGCGAAGGAACAGGCUCAUAAGUACCCUGCGUUGGUGCAGCGGCUUUACGCCAGGUACAAAGAUCUCGCAGUCAAGGAAAUCAGGGACGAUGAGCAACGCAUCGAGGCUCUGGGCAAGGAGAUAAAGGAGCUCGAAGCGCAAGAGCUGGCCGACAAGGCUAAGGCUGCCGCUCAGCGCCCACCUCCUCUUCCUCCUGUUGCUGCUGCUGCUGCUGCUGCUGCUGCAGCGAACGGCACCCCAACGCCCAAGGUGACCCCGACACCGGUCCCGGUUCCCUCCCCGAUCCCGAACUCGAGCCAAACUUCGGCCGCGCCGCCGCAGAUCAAACCACCCACCCCGACACCCGCUGUCGAGACACCGAGACAGAUCAGGCCCGCCCCCGGACAAGGCACAGCUCCGACGCAAACACCAGUACCAGUCCCGACGCCAGUACCUCUGCCCCCUCAAGCCCAGAUCAAGCCGCCGCCGGCGUCAACAACGGUUCCGCCGCCAGCCCCGCAACCUAUACCACCAAAGCGAGAUGUUGUCCCGCCUGCAGGCGCCUUUCAACAGUCUCCUGUGGCUCCUCCGGUGGCGCAAGCUGCCUCGGCUGCCGCUGGGACACCUGCUUCCACGCCGGCCACUGCGCCGGCUGCCAAACAACAUCAACCCCUCAAGCCUCCCAAUGCUGGGGGGCAGGUGCUGCAGCCUCCUGUUGGCGCAGGUCAACCGCCAGUCCGGCCUGGUCAGUCGACGUCGCCUGUUCCUCUGCCAGCAAUAUCACCUAGACCAGAAAAUGUGCCAAAGUCGCGAACACCAGGCCCAGCGACCCCCGCGCAACCUGCCACCCCAGGAACUCUAAAGUGGGAAAAGCCUUAUCAGCCCACGGUCCCAGCAACACAGCCUCAAGGCCGUCCUGUCCCGCCGCAAAUACCCACAACUUCAGCGCCAUCUACUCCAGGUCAACCACACCAUCCUUCACAAUGGUAUCCUCAACCAGCAGGCCAAUAUCAUGGACCUCCUCAUUCACCCCACGUUCCUAUACAGCCGAAUCAGACGCCGAGGUAUCCUCAGCAAUCGCAGCCCGUAUUAGUGCCGCCUCAAGGACAGCCUCAACCCCAGUCCCAACCCCAGGCUCAGGCUCGGCCUCAAGGUCAGGUCCAGAGUCAAGCUCAGCCUUAUACACAAACCCAACCAAAGGGACAGUUGGUUGCACCGAUUCAUUCCACUCCUGUGAAAGGCCCAUCAGAGGUUUCUGCAAUCCAGCCUCCUCAAGGUCGCCCGGUGUCCACCACGCCAAUUGCACCUCCAGUUCGACCUCAGCCUGCCCAACAUCAACAGCAAGCUCAUCAACCGGCCGCUCACCCUCCUCAUCCAUCUCAGCCUCCUCAUCCACCACAGCCCCCCACGGGCUACCAACCUCCCCAUCAAAGACCCCUUGCGGCGGCAUCACCAGUACCUGCGUCUGGUCCAUCAGGGCAGACUACGGUUCCUCCACCGAGAUGGCCUCAGUCUCAGCCAUCACCUUACACACAACAACAAUUCAGCCCUACGCCGGCUCCAGCUCAACCACCUGCCAAAGCGGUCGACAGCCAAAGACGUGUCACGUCUCCAUUCAUCAAACAACAACCUCAUCCUGCCAUCCCAGCCCACCUUGUACCACAGCUUGCUACACCGACGCCGGCACAAAGAUCAGCAAGCACCCCUAUUCCGCCCCCGCAAACACCCGUUACCGCACUGCCCACUUUCCACGUUACUGGCUCUGGAACUAAAUGGAAUCUGAAGUCCACACCUUCCACCCCUCGUCAAUCCGAGAGGGAAGUUCAGAGCCCUGCCUUUGAACCAUUGAGUCCGGUGCAGCAACAGCUGCCCUUACCCGCAUCGACACCAUCACAACCGACCAAGAAGGCCAGCCCCAAGCCAGUGCCAAAGCCGGAGACAAAAACGCCCCGAGGCCGCGGCCGGCCUCCUCGGAGUGCAAACAAGAUACGCUCUGAGAGUACUCCAUCCUCAGUUGUUGGGAUGUCGCGUAGAAGUCAGUCAGUAGUAUCACAAACUGAUGAGUUAUCCAUGGAUCACCACGACCUGGCGCCCCGGGUUAAGGACGAGAACGCGACGCCUAGAGCAACUCCCAGAGCUACACCUAAACCCCAUGAUGAAACGGGCGACACAACUGCAGACGAAAGUGUACCGAGCCGCAGAAAUAUGAUUACGCCCAGUAGCGUGUCAUCGCGGCUGGCUCACAAACGCAAGAGGCAAGAUACACCAGCAGAGUUGCCGCCUAUUCCAGCAACCCAUGUACUCUGGACUCGCCAAUUCGGCCGCGUGAGUGCCGCUGCUCUCGAUCAGAUCGGCGCCCACAGGUUUGCGAACCAGUUCGCAAACCCGAUCCGAGAACGCGAUGCACCUGGUUACAAGACAUUGAUCUUGCAACCGCAGGAUAUCAAGUCAAUCCGUGCAGCCAUCACUCACGGUAACCGAGCAGCCACGGAAGCCGCCAAGGCUUUGCCAGACGGAGACCCAGGCACAGGUUCAGUUCUUUUACCCAUAAGUGACGAUUUGGUGCCCCCCAAGAGCAUCAUCAACAGCGCACAGCUUGAGCGGGAACUUUUCCACAUGUUCUCCAACGCCGUGAUGUACAACCUGAACCCCAGUCGCGGACCUGGACCGUCCUUCAUGAAGAACGGCAUCUCGGAGGGUGCUGACGCUCUUGGGUAUGAGGUUGAUGAGGAUGCCGUGGUUCGUUCCACCAGAAUGAUGGCCGGAGAGGUUGAGAAGAUCAUCGGAGAACUCCGUAAUGCGGAGAAGGAGCGCACGGGUCAGGCUCCAUCUACCUCUGGCAACACCAGGCCGGCCAGUGUCGCAACAGGGGAAGACACGCCGAUGGCGGAAGAUGAUGUCGAUGAGUUGGCAGGGGAUGCAGAUAUGGGCUCCACAACAAGGAGAAGGCGUGUGGGCACAAGGAAUUGA